AGUGUCAGCAGUCAGUUUGACUUUGCAUUUUGUACAUUGACAUUUCUGUAUUUAUACCAACAAAUUGGUCAUAGCUUUUUUCGAAUUUUCCAAAAUCCAGCGCCCCAUUGGACCUCUGGAAUGAUGUGCUUUGAAAUAUAGAUCAAGUGUCAAUCGCGUUCAUUAUCUAUUAUCUGGCGAAAGCCAUCACUUGUACAUUCAGUUCAGCUCGCGAGAAUGGCAUCAGGAAGUACUUUGCAGAAGGCUAUCGAUCUAGUUACCAAAGCCACUGAAGAGGACCGGAAUAAGAACUACGAGGAUGCGCUACGGUUGUAUGAACAUGGAGUGGAGUACUUUUUACAUGCCAUCAAGUAUGAGGCCCAAGGCGACAAGGCAAAAGACAGCAUAAGAGCCAAAUGCGUGCAGUACUUGGAACGAGCCGAGAAAAUCAAGGCCUCGAUCAAAAAGGGCAAAAAGAAGCAAGUCCUGGACGGCGGUUCCAAAGAGGACAAGAAGAGCAGCGAUAGUGACGAAGACGGAGACGACCCCGAAAAGAAAAAGUUGCAGAGCAAGCUAGAAGGAGCCAUCGUGGUGGAAAAACCCCAUGUAAAAUGGUCGGAUGUAGCGGGCCUGGAUGCGGCCAAAGAAGCCCUGAAGGAGGCGGUAAUAUUGCCCAUCAGGUUCCCUCACCUGUUCAGCGGCAAACGCGUUCCCUGGAAAGGCAUUUUACUUUUCGGCCCCCCAGGUACUGGUAAAUCAUACCUAGCCAAAGCCGUGGCUACGGAAGCGAACAACUCGACGUUCUUCUCAGUAUCAUCGUCCGAUUUGGUAUCGAAAUGGCUGGGAGAAUCGGAGAAACUGGUCAGGAACCUGUUUGAAUUGGCCAGAGCCCAUAAACCGAGCAUCAUUUUCAUUGAUGAAGUCGAUUCGCUUUGCUCCUCUAGAUCGGACAACGAAUCUGAAAGCGCCAGGAGGAUUAAAACGGAAUUUUUGGUGCAGAUGCAAGGAGUGGGGCACGAGUCCGAGGGUAUUCUGGUGCUGGGCGCCACAAACAUUCCAUGGGUUUUGGACGCGGCCAUCAGAAGACGUUUCGAAAAACGAAUCUACAUCCCUCUGCCGGAAGAACCUGCCCGAAUGACCAUGUUCAAGAUCCAUUUGGGAAACACGCGCACCGAAUUAUCAGACGACGAUAUUAAGGAACUGGCCAAGCGCACUGAUGGAUAUUCCGGGGCGGAUAUCAGCAUAGUGGUGAGGGACGCCCUGAUGCAGCCGGUGCGAAAAGUGCAGACAGCCACCCACUUUAAGAGAAUAAGCGGGCCUAGUCCAAAGGACCCCAAUGUUGUGGUCGACGAUUUGCUGAUUCCCUGCUCCCCUGGAGAUCCCGGCGCCAUUGAAAUGUCCUGGAUGGAAGUGGAUGGGGAUAAACUGGCUGACCCUCCCGUCACUAUGAACGACAUGCUGCGAUCGUUGGCCACCUCAAAACCGACGGUAAACGAUGAGGAUUUAAUAAAAUUGGAAAAGUUUAUGAAAGAUUUCGGACAGGAAGGUUAACGUGCAAGUUUGUUGCGCUGUUGUAAAGUUAUAUUAAUAUUCGUUUUAGUACUGAAACUUAAGUCAUCUCAAUUUAACGAGGCACUUUAACAAAUGUAGCUUCAGUUCAGUGGAAUAAUCGCCUUAUUUUUUUUUAAAUUCUGUUUAUCGUUAAGAACGGUUUGUAUUUCUAUUGAAUAAAUGAUUUUUAAAGUUGA